AUGAGUACCGGCACCCGCCCAACCCGGCCCGAUCGCUCGCUUUGGGCCGUGCCGGAGGUGACGGUCGCCUUCCUGUCGUUUGUCCUGCAUUAUGUCUGGGAAUUCCUGCAGGUGCCGACCUAUGCCGGCAUGGCCGACCUUAACCAUUGGGAAGGCAUCAAGAUCUGCACAUCGGCGACCGUCGGCGAUGUCGGCUUCGCGCUGACCGCCUUCUGGAUUACCGCAUUGGCCGCACGAUCGCGGCACUGGAUUUCCGGGCCGAAACGCUGGCAACUCGGAUUGUUCGUUGCCGUCGGUAUCGCGCUGACCGUCGGCUUUGAAUACUACUACACCGAGGUGUCGCUGCGCUGGACCUAUUCGGACCUCAUGCCACGCGUGCCGCCCUUCGGCACCGGCCUUUCCCCGCUCGUUCAAUGGAUCGUCGUUCCGCUCCUGGUCGUGAGCCUUGGAAGGCGGGUGCUCGGUCCCCGAUAA